AUGCCGGACCCAGGGCACGCCAGACGAGGAGGAGGAGAACGGGAGGGCGCGGCAACGGCAGAGACCGGCGACUGUGCCAGCCUGCCUGCGAAACGUCGGGCAGGGCCGCUUCUUCACCGCAACCGGUGGUUCGUGUUCGACGCGCGCGCUGCUGCCUCUGAUACUUCAGAGCCCGCGGGACGCCCCUCGGCCACCCUGAACAUCGCGGACGCCUGCUUCGACUACCGAUUCGACGACGCGGCCGAACCCGGCGCCGAAGCCGCCGCGCGCGCACUUCAGGUGCUGGCGCGGGCGCCGUCACGGUUGCUCCGUCCCCGGCCCUCCCCGCCCCUGGCGCCCACGUCCCUCCCUUCCCCGCCCGCCCCGGGGCCCAGCGGACCCGGGCUUGGGGCUGCGGGCUGCGCAGUGCCUGGACCCGUCCUUCGCCCCCGCCGCUCUCUUGGGCUCCCCGCGCCCUCCCGGGAGUUCGCGACUGAGGGCUCCUUGACUGGCCUGGGUUACGACCCCUUUGUCCCGGGGGCCCUCCUGCUGAAGUCCGCAUCUCCUUCCUGGCCUCGGCCCCCGCCCCCCUCCCCCGAGCCCCCACCCUCAACCGUCUUCCGUGUCGCGGAGCAGCAGGGCUGCGCGGGCCCCGGCCAAGUGCAGAGCGGCGGGGGCCUUGCGGAGUCCCUGGGCCUGUCUCCCCUUCCUCGAGUUGUGAGCGUCCGGGAAAUGUCGUGGGAAAUGGCUGGCGCAGAGCGGGCGCCACGCGGCAGCCACGUGAAACAAGCAGUGUCCGUGGCCAAGUACAUGGCUCCUAACCGCCAGCUCAUGGCCUACUGGCUACAGGAGCUCCAGCAGAAGAGGUGGGAGUACUGCAACGGCCUGGACGCCGCCACGUGGGACAGCAGAGCCUCCCCGGCCCCGGGGGACUUCUCGCAGGGUCUGGUAGCCAGAGACAACUCAGAUGUAAUUUACCCGCACCCAGAUGCCUCUGCAGAAAAAGCCAGAAAUGUCCUCGCUGUGGAAACCGCCCCCGGAGAGCUGGAGCAAGCAGCUCACCAGCCAGCCGCAGGGCACCCCAAUUCCAGUAAUUUCUCUUUCAAACAGUGGGGCACUGAGCUCAAAAAUUCAAUGUCAUCUUUCCGUCCUGGGAGAGGACACGGUGAGAGUCGCAAGAGUGUGUUUUAUACCAAUGAAGAGUGGGAGCUUUUAGACCCGAAUCCUAAGGACCUGGAGGAGUCAAUGGUGCAGGAAGAGAGGAGGAAGCAGGCGCCCGAAGGAAACAAAGGGGCGCGGGGACCCUUCCGUAGCAGGCGGUCCCAGAAGCGGGAGGCGCAGGGAUUUCUGCGUGACCAGGAGGUGACACCAGGGGACAAGGGCACUCUGGGGCGGUGUACCCCUCUGGCCCCGCCCCCUGGAACCACACCCUGUCCUGUUCCCGCCGGUUUGGGGCUGGAUUUCUGUUCGGGGGGGUUUGUCAGCCUGACCCCGUCUCAUGUGGGGCUGGAGAGCCAGCGCAGGGGUGAGGGUUUGGAACUGGAGAGCCAGUACAGGGGUAAGAGCGUGGUGCUGGAGAGCCAGCACAGGGGUGAGGGUGUGGGGCCGGAGAGCCAGCGCAGGGGUGAGGGUGAGUGUGUGGGACUGGAGAGCCAGUGCAGGGGUGAGAAUGCGAGGCUGGAGAGCCAGCACAGGGGUGAGAAUGCGAGGCUGGAGAACCAGCACAGGGGUGAGCGUGUAGGGCCGGAGAGCCAGCGAAGGGAUGAGGGUGUGGGGCUGGAGAGCCAGUACAAGGGCCGGCGAGCCAGUGCAGGGGUGAGGUUACAAACCCUCACCCCUGCGCUGGCUCUCCAGUUCCAUACCCUCACCCCUGCACUGGCUCUCCGGCCCUACACGCUCACCCCUGUGCUGGUUCUCCAGCCUCGCAUUCUCACCCCUGUGCUGGCUCUCCAGCCCCACACCCUCACCCCUGCGCUGGCUCUCUGGCCCCACACGCUCACCUGCGUGGCUCUCCGUGGCACUGCAGGAAUUGAACGCAGCGCUCCGUCUUCACCCGGGCAGCGGAGACCUGGGGACGGCUGCCCAGCAAUUGUCGUGGUGCAGGCAGAUCAGGAGUGCUGGUUAUGGGCCACCAGCCCCACGGCGAUGUCCAGCCUGGGGCACGUCUCGGGGAACGGCCCUGGCUUCUGUCCCGUGAGGGUCCAGGAGCCCGCGGUUUCCCUGGCCACUCCCGGCCGGCCCCCGAAUUUUCCUGUGGCUGUGGCCAAGGCCGAGUGGCCAGAGCCUCCCUGGGAGCCCCGGCAGAGCGGGAGAAGCACACUGAUGAAGGGCUGCGCCCGGCAGCACGUGUCCGGCUCAGGCUUCCUGUCCUCAGGCUUCAAGGCCAGAGCCAAACGUGUCCCCACGUUUGCUGGGCCAGAGUUUGACGUCUUCCACGUGGACACGGGAGGGACGUGCUCUCCGGAGCGCCUCACCCGCUGUCAGUUGCAGGACAGCCUCCAGGGGUAUAAAACCCAGAAUAAGUUUCUCAACAAGGAAAUUCUGGAGCUCUCGGCGCUGCGGAGAAACGCAGAAAGGAGGGAGCGGGACCUGAUGGCCAAGUAUUCCAGCCUGGAAGCCAAGCUCUGCCAGAUAGAAAGCAAAUACCUGAUUCUGCUGCAAGAAAUGAAGACGCCCGUGUGCUCGGAAGAGCAGGGGCCCUCCCGCGAGGUCAUAGCCCAGCUGCUGGAGGACGCUCUGCAGGUGGAGGGCCCGGAGCAGCCGGAGCAGGCAUUCGUGAAGCCUCGUCUCGUCAGCGAGUACGACAUCUACGGGUUCAGGACCGUCCCAGAGGACGACGAGGAGGAGAAGCUGGUGGCCAAGGUCCGCGCGCUGGACCUGAAGACGCUGCACCUCACGGAAAACCAGGAAGUGUCCACCGGCGUCAAGUGGGAAAACUACUUUGCGAGCACGAUGAACAGGGAGAUGGCGUGCUCCCCGGAGCUGAAGAACCUGAUCCGGGCGGGCAUCCCGCACGAGCACCGUUCCAAGGUGUGGAAGUGGUGCGUGGACCUCCACACCCGGAAGUUCAAGGGCAGCGCCGAGCCCGGGUACUUCCAGACGCUGCUCCAGAAGGCGCUGGAGAAGCAGAACCCGGCCUCCAAGCAGAUCGAGCUUGACCUGCUGCGCACCCUGCCCAACAACAAGCACUACUCCUGCCCCACCUCGGAGGGCAUACAGAAGCUUCGCAACGUCCUGCUGGCCUUCUCCUGGAGGAACCCGGACAUCGGCUACUGCCAGGGUCUGAACAGGUUGGUGGCGGUGGCCCUCCUGUACCUGGAGCAAGAAGACGCGUUCUGGUGUCUGGUCACCAUAGUAGAAGUUUUCAUGCCUCGAGACUAUUACACCAAGACGCUGUUGGGGUCCCAGGUGGACCAGCGGGUGUUCAGAGACCUCCUGAGCGAGAAGCUACCCCGUCUGCACAGCCACCUGGAACAGCACAAAGUCGACUACACCCUCAUCACGUUCAACUGGUUUCUGGUGGUGUUUGUGGACAGCGUCGUGAGUGACGUCCUCUUUAAGAUCUGGGACUCCUUCCUCUAUGAGGGACCAAAGGUCAUUUUCCGCUUUGCCCUGGCUCUUUUUAAAUACAAGGAGGAGGAGAUCCUGAGGUUGCAGGACUCCAUGUCCAUUUUCAAGUAUCUCCGUCACUUCACGCGCACUGUCCUCGACGCCAGGAAACUGAUCGGUAUCUCCUUUGGGGACCUCAACCCGUUCCCCCUGCGCCAGAUCCGGAACCGGCGCGCCUACCACCUGGAGAAGGUCCGGCUGGAGCUGACGGAGCUGGAGGCCAUCCGGGAGGACUUCCUGCGUGAACGGGAUGCCAGCCCUGAUAAGGGUGAGCUGGUCAGCGAUGAGGAGGACACCUGA